UUCGCGUCACUUCCGGAUGCUCCGGCGCGGCGGCCCGGCGCGGCUCCCGAUGCUCGGGACGCGGCAGCCGUCGGGCAGCGGCGGAAGGCCGCGGGCGGGCGGCUGACGCCCCGCGUCGGGCAUGGCAGCCGCCUGGCGGCGCGCGCUGCUGCUGCUGCUGCUGGCCUCGCAGCUCGCGUGGGCGGGGGGCCCCCCGGACGAGGACGCGGUUCCCGAGGAGUGGCUGCUGCUGCACGUGGUGCAGGGCCACAUCGGCGCCGGGAACUACAGCUACCUGCGCCUGAACCACGAGGGGAAGAUCGUCCUCCGGAUGCGCAGCCUGAGGGGCGACGCCGACCUGUACGUGUCCGACAGCACCCUGCACCCGAGCUUCGACGACUACGACCUGCAGUCGGUGACCUGCGGCCCGGACGCCGUGGCCAUCCCCGCGCACUUCCGGCGGCCCGUGGGCAUCGGGGUGUACGGGCACCCGUCCCACCACGAGAGCGAGUUUGAGAUGAAGGUGUAUUACGACCGCGCGCCGGAGCCCCCGUUCGGGGAGGCGGCCGACGCCGGGGCGGGCCGGAGCCAGAGGCCGGCGGCGGCGCCCGAGGCCGCGCCCCCGGAGGAGGAGUCCGUGCUCUGGACCGUCUUAAUUAGCGUUUUGAAACUGGUGCUGGAGAUCCUCUUCUGAUCCCUGGAACGCCCCGAACAAACCGGUGGCCGCGGGCCUCCGCCGGGAGGUCUCUCUCCGUAAAGCCAUACGCUCGUUACCUCACUUACCCCGACAGUAGGGAGCGCGGCAAGAACGACGUUGCUCUUUUCGGUUCUCAAAGCCCCUGUAAGAGGAAUACGCACAAUAAAAUGUUUCGACUGCAGUUUGAUGGGUGUGUCAGGGGAUUGGGGGCUUAGGCAAAACGCAGCACCCUUCCCGCAGCCGAGUCGCCCGGCUGGAAAGGUCUGUGGCUGCGCCUUCACCCCAGGCAGUGAUUGGAGAUGAGGUCCCGGCGUGCACACCUGGAACGGGUCGGAAAUGUAACCAGCUCUUCCUCUUUGCUCGCAUGUGGCCUAAAGUGGGGUGCCUGCGCCCGGAGCAGAGACCGAGCCCAGAGACCAAGCCCGAGCCGCCUGGCGCAGGCGCGCGCCCCUGCCUCCCUGCAGGUUAAGGUCAUUGGCACUGAUCACCUGAGACUCUGUAAUUUUGUUAUGCUACCCAGGACUGGCCAGAAACCAGACAGAUUAGGAAAACUUCAUGCAAGUAAUAACUUUCAGGCCAAGGAAAACUAGAUAAGUACUUCAAUUACGUUGCCUAUAUUUCCACUGAAUUUCUGGAGAGAGCCAAAGCACUAAGAGACUUAAAAAAAAGAAAAGAAAAUGAACUAUUUCUCUACCUGAAAUUGGUUUUAAGGGGAAUAGUAGCUUAUAACAAAUAAAUCAACUUACAGAUUUUAAGCACA